AUGAGUUUACAAGAAUUAUCAACUGAAUUAAAGACUCACUUAAAACAAUUCCCAAACUUCCCAAGUGAAGGAAUCUUAUUCGAAGAUUUCUUACCAAUCUUUGCUGACCAUAAAGUUUUCCAAAAAUUAAUCGAUGCCUUCAAACUUCAUAUUGGGGAUGCUAAAAUUGAUUAUGUUGUAGGAUUAGAAAGUAGAGGGUUCCUUUUCGGUCCAACUUUAGCUUUACAAAUCGGAGCUGGAUUCAUCCCAAUUAGAAAACCAGGUAAAUUACCAGGUCCAACUUAUCAAGUUGAAUUCCAAAAAGAAUAUGGUAGUGAUAAAUUCGAAAUCCAACAAGAUGUUAUUCCUAAAGGAGCUAAAGUAUUAGUUGUUGAUGAUAUCUUAGCUACUGGAGGUAGUGCAUAUGCUGCUGGAGAAUUAAUCAAAAAAUCAGAUGCCGAAGUUGUUGAAUACUGUUUCGUUAUGGAAUUAGAUUUCUUAAAAGGUAGAGAUAAAUUAUCAUCACCAGUUUUCACAUUAUUUGGUGGACAAGAAGAAAAACUCCAAAAUUAG